AGGAUGAUUGGAAGGAGUUUGAGCAAAAGGAAGAAAUUGAUUAUAGUGGUCUUAGAGUUCAGUCCAUGCAAAUAAGUGAAAAAGAAGAUGAUGAAAGUGAAAAAAGAGAAGAACCUGGUGACAACUGGGAGGAGACUGGUGGUGGUGUAGACAGAUCAUCUGGUCCUUGGAACAAGUCAGCUCCUGCACCAGCACCUGUUGUUGAACCAAUUGUUACAGAAACCCCAGAACCAGUUCAGACUGGUGGUGUAUACAGGCCGCCUGGUGCCAGGGAGGGUGGCAGGCCACGGAGAGCACAGCAAGGACCACCAGAAAUCUAUAGUGAUACGCAGUUUCCAUCACUGCAGUCCACCGCCAAGCUUGUAGACAGUCGAAACCUAACAUCUUAUUCGCUUUCUUGACUGCAACUACACAUUGAGCAGAUGUCUUCAUCAAGCUGUCCAUGGUGAUGCCUAGAUCGUCCCCUUGAAAGAUCACAACUAAUUCAGAAUCCACCAGAGCAUGUAUGAGUGGUUUUAAAGCCUUUCCAGUGUUCAUUGCCUUGGGUUUAUUUUCUGUUGACAUUCACUUGCCACUGAAUUGCCAUGUUUACAGAGUGAGUUGGCUUACCCUGGCAAUCGCCAUCUUCCCCAGUGCUGACAAACCUGGUGAUUCUCUGUGGGCAUUGGCUUUUGCCAUCCGAUAUGCCGAAGCCUUCAGUUUCAUGUAUGUAAUUCACUCUUCUUACAGUGAUUGGCAUGGCAUGCUCUUACUAACUAUUACUCAAUCUGACCUUUUCUGUUCUGGUUUUUUUGUCUCCUAUCUUUUGUAUUGGAUUUUCUUUCUAGCUCAGUUACAGCAUUGAAGUCAUCGAGUUGUAACUGUCUGUUUUAUUUCAAAUAAUUUGCCUACAGAAAACUGUUAGUUAAAAUGUUGUCAUAAGCUUCCUUUUUUUAAUUAAAAUAAAUCACUUAUACUGUAUCUCUUUCAGAGUAUGUACAACCAUAACAAAAUGAUUCAAACCAUAAAAACAGGCUGAUACAAGAGAACAAAUGCAUUGAGAAACAGGUAAAGCAUAUGUGAAUCUGAUCUCCCAGAGCUUAACUUCAUUGGUUUCUGUGGAGUUAUUUCUGUCACUUGAGAUCAGUUUCAUUAAAACUUGAUUUGAGAUCUUCUCACUUGAAGUCUAGAUUCAACAGCCAGAAUUGAGCGCAAGUGAACAAGCCCAGAGCAAACUUGUUUUCAGUUUCUGGGUUACUCUGCUCUUUGUGGCAGAGAUGAAGCAGAUGUAUUACUUGGUCUCUGACCAGCAACCAGCCACGCUUAGUCUAACGUACCUGUUGUGGUACGUAGCUGGACAUGGAAAUAGGAGUGCAGGUUUUGAGAUGAAGAUGAGCGCAGCAACACUGGGGGGGAGGCUUAGUCUUUGUGGUUUGUUUCAUCUCUUCACAUCUCAUCUUGUACUUUAAGGUUAAGUCUUUAAGUGCUGACUGCUUUUACCAGUAAUGCUACGUUUAUAAAUACAAAGGAGGUGGUGUAAGGGAAGACUGAAGCCUGUUGGGGCGUAUAGCCUACCACAUAAGAGCUGCGUUGUCUAUCAGAAUAUUGUGUCACAGAGAACAGCUGCUUUCCGGGACUAAUAGUGAUAUGUGGUUGAGAAGAAUGUACCUUGGAUUUUGCAUCCAAAUAAAUGGUAUCUGUUAGGUGUUCUAUUACAGCAGUUACUAGUAUUCUGCCAAAAUGAACUGUGGCUGCUGGGGGUUUAUGAAGUUGGCAAAUUGGAGCUGAGGGUUUUUUGUUACUUCUGAGGGGGCGGGGGGGAAUACAGCAGAUGCAGCAAGAUUGGACAGUUGUUCAUACCCUCUCCUGCACAUCUGACUCAUCUCUGCUGCUACACUCACCAAAGCCCUGUCUUGAUGCUGUAAAUCCAUACUGUGUUACUUACUAACCACCCAGCAACCUUCAGGAGUGAAUAGUUCUCUGACUGUGCACUGUGUCUUUAAUCUGGGAAUUGGGUAAAAGGCAAACUGGUUUUGUAAACUGGCAUGACAGUGUUUUCUAGAUAAUUGGCUCUGCUAAUUGCUUUUUCUGCAACUCAAAGUCCAGCAAAAAUCUCUUGGUUUGACCUUUCUUCACCCUCUAGAGUAUUCCCUUCUUCUUUUGUUCAUCUACAUUAUCAUCAUGCCAAGGAUUUCUAGUCAGGUGCCUGAAUUAUUCACCACAUCUUUAGAAAGCAGCUCUAUAAGCAAGAACUGCUGAGUCUUGGUGAUGCUGUAUUUCUUCAGUCAGCGCUCUAGCAUCACAAACAUGGCUCCAUCUGUUGCAAAAUUGCUUAGCAAAUAAAUGGGAUCUCCUUGGAGAAUUUAAACCAAGACCCUCAAAAGCUACAUGGGAGCCUAAUUCCCACAGAAUACAGCCAAAUGAAGGCAGUAGCAUUGGUCACAGUACAACGCGGUUCAGCCAUGAAAGUGAGUAGGGUUGCAUGACUGGUAACAUGCUAGCUCAAACAAAACUCUCUUAUCUGGACAGCAGGGUCUAGCCUAAGGCAUUUUUAUUUUUUUUAAGGAAGAGAUGACUGAGUGAAUAAUAGUAAGAGGACAUCUCUGUAAGUGAAAAAACAGGGAACUGAAUUUGCUUUUAGCAACAUACCAGAAUGUCUUGCCACCACACUUAACCUGAAGAAAUGAAGAUAAAGCCAUUUUGAGUGCUUAUUGUAGUGCGAAAGAAAGGACAGUGUCUGCCAGGGAAAAUGGUUGGCUGGGAGCCCACUGAGCACAGCAGACACUGUUUCAGCAAAGUAGAGUACAAUAUGAUCUACUCCUGAGAAUCCCUGUGUGGCCCCCACAGUCAACACAGGAACCUAAUGGUGCCUGUAUAUUUAUAUAAUU